AUGGAUGAGGUUAAGCGUCUUGAAACUAAGCUUAAUGAUCUUUUAUCUCGUGAGGAGUGUUACUGGAAGUUGCGGUCGCGGGCGGAUUGGUUGGCUCUUGGUGGUGAUAGGAAUACUAAAUAUUUUCACAAUAAAGCGACGGGUCGGAAGAAGAAAAAUGCCAUAGUAGAGAUUAUGACUGAGGAUGGCCGUAGACUGAGUACGGAAGAGGAUAUUUGCGACAUGCUUAAUGCUCCUUUUACGGGUGAUGAUGUGUGGGCUGCGGUCAAAGCCAUUGGUUCUACGAAGGCUCCGGGUCCGGAUGGGUUUCAUGCUAUUUUCUUUCAAAAAUAUUGGGAUAUUAUUGGUCCAAGGGUGUCAGCUGUGUGUCUUGCAAUUUUAAAUGGUCACCAAUCUGUGAGGAAGUUCAACAAGUCUAAUGUUGUGAUGAUUCCUAAAAUUACAAAGCCUUCUUUUGUUAAGGAAUAUCGGCCUAUUAGUCUCUGCAGUGUUAUGUACAAGAUUGUGGCGAAGGCCGUGGCCUUGCGAUUGAAAGGUACUUUAUCUCCGCUGAUCUCUUCAUUUCAGAGUGCGUUUGUGUCGGGUCGAGCUAUUCAUGAUAAUGUUAUGGUGGGGUUUGAAUUGCUACAUUCCCUAUUUAAGAAAAAUAAUGGGGUCCGGGGAUUUAUGGCUUUGAAGCUGGAUAUGAGUAAGACGUAUGAUAGGGUGGAGUGGAGUUUCUUGCGGGCGAUUAUGAGUAAGUUCGGGUUUCCUUGUCGAUGGGUGGAUCUGAUUAUGGAUUGUGUUACUACGCCGGAGUACAGCUUUUUGGUAAAUGGAAGACCUAGAGGUUGUGUGGUGCCUUCGAGGGGUUUAAGGCAGGGGUGUCCUCUCUCCCCCUACUUAUUUCUCUUCUGUGCUGAGGCGCUAUCUACCAUGCUUCAACAGGCUGAGGCUGCUGGUGAUUUGAUGGGGUUUCGGUGUUCCCGAGCUGGGCCUCGGGUGUCUCAUCUUUUCUUUGCUGAUGAUAGUUUAAUUUUUGGGAGAGCUAAUGGGAGGGAGGCGGAGUCUCUUCGUCGGAUUCUUCAGUGUUAUGAGAACGCUUCUGGCCAGCAAGUGAAUUUUGAAAAAUCUGCUAUUACAUUCAGUCCGAAUGUUUUGCCAGCAGAUCGUACAAGUGUAUUGGGAAUUUUAGGCUUGGGGUCAGUUGCUACUCAUGAUAAGUACUUGGGGUUGCCAACUGUUAUUGGGAGGAAUAAAAAGCGGACCUUUGCAAGUAUUUGUGACAAGGUUCAGAAACGGGUUCGAGGUUGGAAGAGGAGUUUCUUUUCUACGGGUGGUAGGGAGAUUCUAAUCAAGGCUAUUCUGCAGGCGGUCCCAAACUAUUUGAUGAGUAUAUUCCAGUUGCCGGUGGCCACUUGUGAUAAGCUUCGCUCAAUUAUUUUGCAAUUUUGGUGGGGUACUCAGAAUGAUAAAAGAAAGAUUGCGUGGGUCAAGUGGGAGAGUGUCUGUCAACCUAAGUCAAAGGGGGGAUUAGGCUUCAAGGAUAUUCGGCUUUUUAAUCAAGCUAUGGUUGCUAAACAAGUUUGGCGUCUGCUCCAAUCGCCGGAUUCUUUGGCCGCCCGGGUGUUGAAGUAUAAAUAUUUUCCCACUAUGUCCAUACUGGAGGCUAAGGAUCGCCCUGGAUCGUCUCAUUUGUGGUCGAGUUUAGUGUGGGGGCUGGAGUUGCUGCAAUCGGGAAUGAGGAAAGGAGUGGGGGAUGGUCAGAGUGUGCAUGCGUUUCGGGAUCCUUGGCUUCCCAGGCCGAGAUCGUUUCGUCCUAUUUCGCCUGCGCCUGGUGAUGAUGUAAUGGUUUGUGACUUGAUUGGUGCCAAUGGGGCGUGGGAUAUCACUUUGCUCUCCAAUUAUUUCUUGAGGAUGGAUAUGGAUGUUAUUCUUGGCAUCCCGUUGCGGGGUGGGCGGUGUGCAGAUUGGUGGUGCUGGCACUAUUCUCCGAAUGGUUGUUAUACGGUGAAGAGUGGUUAUGCUCUUGCUCUUGAUCUGGUGAGGGAUAGGAAUGGUGGCUCUUCGGUCGAUCAAGCUCAUUGGUGGAAUGGUAUGUGGAAUUUACGGGUCCCACAAAAGGUCAAAAUUUUCUUAUGGAGAAUGUAUCACCGGGCCCUCCCGACCAAUUCCCAGCUUAUCAAACGAAAGCUCCCAGUUCAGCCUCUUUGUCAGAGAUGUGGUGAGGACUCGGACACUCCGGAGCAUGCGUUGGUUUUUUGCUCGGCGUUGCGGCCUUUAUGGACGAAGCUUAGGAUCUGGCAUGUGCUCCACCAUGGGCGGACUGGGUCUUUGGCGGAGUUGCUUAUUUAUCUUUUUGAUGUGCUUGAUCACCAAAAUUUUGCUUUGUUGGCUAUGAUUUGGUCGUGGUUGUGGUAUGAUAGAAAUUCUGUGUUGUUUGGGAAGAAACAAUCUCGAUUAGAGGUGAUUGAUGUUCUAGCGUUGGAAGCCUUGGAGGAGUUUCAUGGGGUGGGGGUGAGUGCGGGCGGUCGAGUUUUGGGUGACUCGGGGCCGGGGGGCGGUCGGGUUGGGGGUGGUGGUGGUGGGGUUGGGAGGCCGAGGGGGGAUGGGGGUGGUGGGGUGAGGAACGGUCGGUGGUGGCCUCCCGGGAUGGGUGAAUUUGUGCUCUCUGUCGAUGCGGCCGUCACUCCGGGCCGCGGCUUUGCGGGGUUCGGGGGGGUGGUCCGGGAUGGUGAAGGGGUUGUGUGGGCGGCAUGGGCAGGGGGUAGAAUUGGGGACUUUCAGGUGGCGGUCGCGGAGCUCCUGGCUUUACGUGAGGGACUGAAGCGGGUGGCUCGUUUGGGGUUCUCUUUGACGCGUGUGGAGACGGAUUCUUCUGUGGUGUGUUCUUGGAUUAAUUUUCCUGAUAAUAUUCUUCUAUUUAAACCAAUUGUUGAGGAGAUUAUUUCUCUUUUAGCUGCUGUUGGUGGUGGUUCUUGUUGUGCCAUCUCGCGAGAUGCGAAUGGUGUGGCCCACGCACUAGCUAAGUCUGUUACUAGUUUUAAUGGCGGUCAUAUGUGGGCAGAUGCUUGUCCUAGAUUUAUUAGUGAUCCUGUAACAGCUGAUUUGAUUUGA